AUGUCUGAGGGCAGCAUCGGAGAGAUCCACCACGAGAUCCAUCACGAGAUCCACCACGAGAUCCACCACGAGAUCCAUCACGAGAUCCACCACGAGAUCCACCACGAGAUCCAUCACGAGAUCCACCACGAGAUCCAUCACGAGAUCCACCACGAGAUCCACCACGAGAUCCAUCACGAGAUCCACCACGAGAUCCACCACGAGAUCCACCACGAGAUCCAUCACGAAAUCUAUCACGAGAUCCACCACGAGAUCCACCACGAGAUCCAUCACGAAAUCUAUCACGAGAUCCACCACGAGAUCCACCACGAGAUCCAUCACGAGAUCUACCACGUGAUCCAACACGAGAUCCAUCACGAGAUCCAUCACGAGAUCCAUCACGAGAUCCACCACGAGAUCCAUCACGAGAUCCAUCACGUGAUCCAUCACGAGAUCCACCACGAGAUCCACCACGAGAUCCACCACGUGAUCCAUCACGAGAUCCACCACGAGAUCCACCACGAGAUCCAUCACGAGAUCCACCAGGAGAUCCAUCACGAGAUCCACAACGAGAUCCACUACGAGAUCCAUCACGAGAUUCACCACGAGAUCCACCACGUGAUCUACCACGAGAUCCAUCACGAGAUCCACCACGAGAUCCAUCACGUGAUUCAUCACGAGAUCCACCACGAGAUUCAUCACGUGAUCUACCACGAGAUCCAUCACGAGAUUCACCACGAGAUCCAUCACGAGAUCUACCACGAGAUACAUCACGAGAUCCACCACGUGAUCCACCACGAGAUCCACCACGAGAUUCAUCACGAGAUCCAUCACGAGAUCCACCACGUGAUCCACCACGAGAUCCACCACGAGAUCCAUCAUGAGAUCCACCACGUGAUCCACCACGAGAUUCACCACGAGAUCCAUCACGAGAUCCACCACGAGAUCCACCACGUGAUCCACCACGUGAUCCACCACGAGAUCCACCACGAGAUUCAUCACGAGAUCCACCACGUGAUCCACCACGUGAUCCACCACGAGAUCCACCACGUGAUCCACCACGAGAUCCACCACGAGAUCCACCACGUGAUCCAACACGAGAUCCACCACGAAACUCAUCACGAGACUGCUUGA